AUGUCACAUUCAGUAAAGAUUUAUGAUACGUGUAUAGGGUGUACUCAAUGUGUCAGAGCUUGUCCCACAGAUGUAUUAGAAAUGAUACCUUGGGACGGAUGUAAAGCUAAGCAAAUUGCUUCUGCUCCAAGAACAGAGGACUGUGUUGGUUGUAAGAGAUGCGAAUCCGCCUGUCCAACGGAUUUCUUGAGUGUUCGAGUUUAUUUAUGGCAUGAAACAACUCGAAGCAUGGGCCUCGCUUAUUGA